AUGACUCCUCUUUGGAUAUCAAACAUAGCUUUCUCUGUAUUUACACCACCUUCUAAUUGGUCGGCAUAUUUAGUUACUCAAUUUCUAGCCACAAUUUAUCAUUUCUCCUUUGCAUUUAUUCAUGUCUAUAGGGUGCCCCAACUUCCCCCUCUUCUUUUCUUAAUAGCUGCUAUUCUUGCUCUAAUAUCUCAAAAACUAGUCUUAGGAAUCCUUUUCUCAAACUUUACCCAUUCUCAUAGGCCCUUUUUACCAGACUCUCUGAACCUCUUCAACUUAGCUGCCUUUUCUAUGGCCUCUAUUCAAGGGGUCUUAACUUUAUUCAGAAUAGCCGACCUCUGCUUUCCAGCAAUAAUGUUCUUAACUACUUGCUGCCCUACCCUGGAAGAUAGGUUCUUAACUAAGCUAGAUUGCAGAGGUAGAGGGUUAGAAUAUAAUAAGAAGAUUACUCAGCUAAUAAAACAACAGUUUAUAAUAAUAGAAGCUCACCAAAAUAUAACGACUCCAACUGGAACGAGAGCUGCUGAUCGAAACCAAGAGGUAACAAACUCCAAGAUCAAGAGUACCCAGUGCGCUCCAGCUGUCAUACUGACUUAUCCACCAAUUAAGGCGUCGACAUUACAACCAGACGACUCGCCAUCUUCUUUCUUGGCUAAGCGUUUAUAUUCUACUUCCUCUAACCCACCCACUGAACCCGAAGCGGUGUCUGAUGACGAGGGGGAUAAGGUAGACCCAGAGUGGUACUGGUCGAAUAUUGAGCCCUUGACCCUACAGGUCACUGCCCUGAAUACGAAGAGGGGUAUAGAGGGAAGACGAGUAGAUUCAAUACCUUUUUACUUAAGAGUACCUCUCGGUAAUUGGUCCACCUCUUCAGGCGAAACUUUAGCAGCAUCGGGGUUGCUGGUAGCAACCAACAUGUGUACCCCUAAUAGGAUUAGCACGAACAGAGGAACGAACAAGAUGAAGAAAAGUAACAUUACCAGUAGAAUAGAGAAAGAGCCAGAAGGUGCAGGCAGUUUAGGUUAUAGUCCCUAUAACCAUGGAAUGAUUUCCGUUGGGACGUACCCGGCAAGUGGGAGUAUCGGUGAACUGGGGAGUAUCGAAAAAGAUGACUCGUAUAACUCGCAAGCCUCGUUGGUACUGGAUAGAGGAUACAAGACCAAACUUCUCGUCAAGCACAGCACAAAGGAGUUGAACCUCGGCAAGGGUGAAGCAGUGGGUACAGAAGACAAAACCAUGUCGGGCGUUCCAUCGUCGGGGUAUUUGAAGGAAUUACCUUGUUUAUACAACAUUGAAUCGUGGGAAAAAGGAGCUACAAUAGAACGAAAACGGGGCAUAGAAGAAGCAGAAAUGUAA